UACUGAAAACUCCAAACAGUUGACUUCGAGAUGGCUACCGCACUAGAACUGAGUCCCACCGAAAUUCGCGGCAUGUGCCAGCAAUAUUUGCAUCAGGAUGUUUCCAAUUCUGAUUCUGGAUUUGAUAUAGUCAGUUAUCAAUUAAGACCCACAUCGGAUGCACCGUCUGGAUACUUGGGUAGUCACUUUUACCUGCAGGUCACUCUUCGGCUCCACAAUCCCGAGGAAAUCAAGCAACUCACCUUCUUCUCGAAGUCGGCUCCCGAGGGAAACGCCUCGCGGAUGGAGUAUCUGGAGAAUUUCGGUGUUUUCCAGAAGGAAAUCGUUGUCUACCAGAACGUACUUCCAGAUUUGCACAAAGCGUGCGCCGAAGUGGCGCCCAAGUGCUAUUAUGCGGAUAAGAAUCUGCUGGUCCUCGAGAAUCUGGCCGAUCAGGGAUAUCGCAUGGGUGCCGGUCGUGAUGGUUUGUUGUCCUACGAACAGCUCCAUUGUUGCCUGAAAACCUUGGCUGCCAUGCAUGCUGGUUCCAUUAUUCAGGAGCAUCGAACGGGCAAAAAACUAACCGAAUUGCAGCCAAAAUCGGUGGUGGAGAAUGCCUAUCCCUGCGAUGUGACCGCAGAUCAUCUGAGAGUGGUGAACUUUCAAAAUGCCUGCCAGGUGAUCAAGGAGUUCAUCAAACUGAUACCCAAAUAUCAGUCACAGCUGGACUAUAUAUUGGAGAACUUCACUGAAAGGAUGUCCUACAUUUUCGAGGCCGUCAAGACCUCUGACGUAUAUCAAAAUACCAUACUCCAUGGCGAUUUGUGGGCCAAUAAUAUAAUGUUUCAAUAUGGCAAAUAUGGGGAGAGUCCUCUGCAGUGUCGCCUUGUCGACUUCCAGUUGGCCAGAUAUGCCCCACCUGCCCUCGAUGUACUGACCGUACUCACUAUACCCACAUCGAAGGCAUUCAGGGAUGCCCAUCUUAGUGAACUUCUUUCGGAAUAUUACCGCUUUAUGACUGAGUUCCUGAAGCGAGCUGAUUUGGAUAUAGCUCGUUUUAUGCCGGAGCAGAGUUUCUAUAAAUCCGUGGCGGAGUUCCGAAGUAUUGGCUUAAUUGAGAGCUGUUUGUUCUGCCAUUUGGUGAUUCUUCCAUCUUCCUGCACCCAGAAAUUGACCAGCUCUGCGGAUGGUUUCAGUGAUUUCUUUAGUCACAAACGCAUCGAGAUUUGCCUAGAGGCAUUCAACACAGACGACUUGUACCGAAAUCGCUUGGUGGACAUGAUCCAAGACUUUGUAGAUAAUUUUGUUUUAAAAGAUAAGAAGUAAUAUAUAUCCCAUUACAAAUAUUACUUUUUUUUUAUUUUUUAAAAAAGGUUAGAGCCUGCUUUAUAAUU